GUCACUAUGUUGACGCGUUGCUCUGGCUGCUCACGCACUGCUCAGCAUUUUCCUGUUCUGGAAAGCCUUCUCAAGGAGGCUGCAGUGCAGCCUUAUGUUCACAACUGUUUUGUGAAUGUGUGUGAAGGGAGACACAUCCAUCAAUUCUGCAUCUUCUUCAAGUGA